AUGUUUUGUGAGUUUAUAACAAAUGGAGAGGCGGGUAAUAAUUUGUUUGGGGGUCUAUUCAAAGAAAAUAAAGAAACAUAUAUUCCAAAUAAAAAAUUAGGAAGUUUUUCAAUAUCUAAUUUAGAUUUAUAUAGAAAUAUUUUCAAACAUAACAUAAUAGACGAAUAUGAAUCAGAUAUAGAAGAUAAUAAUUUACAUUUCAACUAUAUUUAUAAAACAAGAUAUAGCCGAGAAAAUGAAGAAAAUAUAAAAAUAGAUGAAUAUACAUUAAAGAGAGCUAUGAUCCAGAAUAAUGAUAAAAAUGAUAAUAAUUGGAAUAGUCAUUUUUUUAGAAAUUUAAACAAUUUAAAUUAUAUUAAAAAGGGAAGGGGCCAUAAAAAAAUAGGUUUGAAAAAAAGUGUAAUUAUGAAUUCUCCGAAAAAUAUUUUAAAUAGUAACUAUCUUAAUGAUAAUUCAAAUUGUGAGGAAAAUGUGUUUAUUGAAAAUGAAUGUAAAUAUAUAUAUAACCAUGAAAAGAAUAAAAAUAUGUGUAUAGAUAACCCAAUAACAACUUAUUCUUUUAUAUAUCCAUCACAUAUUUUUUAUAAUGAUAAAAAUAAAAAAAGAAAAAUAUGUAGUAAACCAUAUAAAGUUUUAAGCGCCCCAAAAUUAGCAGACAAUUUUUAUUUGAAUUUAUUAGAUUGGUCAAAAAGAAAUAUUAUUGCAGUUGGGUUAAAUGAGAAAUUAUAUAUGUGGAAUAGUUAUACAUGUAAAAAAUAUGAAUUAUUUGAUUUAAGCAUAUUAAACAAAAAAAGAAAACAUGAAAAAAAAAAAAAAAAUGAUAUUCAAAAAAAUAUAACAUCAUUAAAAUGGAAUAUGUUUGGUAACUAUUUGGCGGUUGGAUUAUCAAAUGGUGCAGUAGAAAUAUGGGAUAUUGAAAAGGGUACUAAAAUAAGAAAAUAUAAAAAUCAUAAAUUAAGAGUUGGUGCAUUAUGUUGGUAUUAUAAUAUAUUAACAACAGGAAGUCGAGACAAAACAAUAAUAAAUUGCGAUUUACGAACUAAAGAUAGUAGUUAUAUAAAAUAUGAAAAACACACAUCAGAAGUUUGUGGAUUGCAAUGGAAUUACAAUGGUAAAUUGUUAGCAUCAGGAAGUAAUGAUAAUUCUAUAUAUUUAUGGGAUAAUAAUAAAAAUAAUUCGAUUUUUCAUUUUACAAAACAUAAAGCUGCUGUUAAAGCUAUUUCCUGGUGUCCACAUGAUCAUAAUUUAUUAACAACUGGGGGGGGGUCAACUGAUAAAAAAAUAUAUUUUUGGAAUAUUAAUAACGGAGAAUGUAUAAAUAGUAUAAAUACCAAUUCUCAAGUUUCAAAUAUUUUAUGGUCUAAAAAUACGAAAGAAUUUAUAUCAACACAUAGUUACACACAUAGCCAAAUUAUUAUAUGGAAUUAUCCUGACUUAAAUAAAAUUUCAGCCUUAACCGAUCAUAAAUUAAGAGUAUUAUAUGCAGCAUUAAGUCCUGAUGGAACUUCUCUUGUUUCUGGAUCUCCAGAUGAAACAAUAAGAUUAUGGAAUGUUUUUCCAAAAAACAAUGAUAAUAAUUUACCUUUGCUUUUUCCCUUUGAAAAUUAUUAUGAAAUAAUCAGGUAA